AUGCCUGACCGAAUCGCCUUCGUAACAGGAAUCUUUUACAGGCCCACCUCCAGGGAGUCAUAUGGAGCGGUUGCACUUGAACCUGUCCUUGACAUAUCAGUUAGUUUUACAGCUGGAAUUUUUGUGGCUAAUGAAGGCGUUAUUCUUGAAUCUUCAGUAGAACUUGAUUUAAUCCUCACAGGAGUUCAGUUCCUCGCUUGUCAAGGAAGUCAACCCACACGUCUCGACUCAGUCCUCCUGAAGCUUCUUAUUUCGAUGAUUUUCAGGUUGUUCCUCCUGCUUCUCCCGCUGGCGGCCGUGGGCCUGGCGCAGCAGGCGCCGCCGGAGGGCCCCCGCCCGUGGCCGACCGACCACGGCGACCAACGGCGCCGCAACGCCGGCAAGCGGGUCGGCUCCCCCGACCUGGCAGACGGCCCAGCGCAGGCCACCUACGGCGCCUCCUCCGGAUCGACCUUCGCCGAGGACGACUCACGCUGCGAGCAGCUCCCGAUUUACGAGGUGAAUGACCUCGCGCACACAAAGUCUUGCUCGGGCGACUGGAAGCACGGUAAAGAGAGGAAGGCAUUCGAGCCCGAGGUGGGGGGCGAGGCUCCCUUCCGCAGCCAAGAGAUCUUCACUCUGCUCCUGAACGUCAACUGCAAUCCGGGGACCUGGCAGCACCCGCUCUGCUACAGCUGCGUGUGUUCCAAGGACUGCCCUCUGGCGCACGAGGCUCACACAAGUCCCGUCCAGGCCGCAGUGGACUUGCCUGAGGAGCCCAGGACAAGCACUGACAAGAAGGCCGCAUCCGGCAGGCGCAAAGACCGGUCUCAUCACAAGCGAAACAGUCGGAAGAGCAAGGGCGCCGCCAGGUCGGCAAAGACUGAGAGUUGUCGAAAAAACAAAGAUGGCUAAAGAGAUUCGCGAAAGAACCAUAAGCACAAGAGGGGGUAACGUGGUCGACCUUCAGUGCAUAAAUAAGAUGAACCAAGAUAUUAAAGAACAGUGAGUUUGAUUUACACAAAAGAUAGUUGACAGAAAGGCCUGAGUAUUUUUAGUUUGGUAUAAGAAAAUAUUUAUAUAUUUAGUUUUCCCUGUAUACAGUGCACAUGGAGAAGUUUCAUUUUUUUAUGACAUUGUAGGUAAAAUGUCGGGAAUUUAUUUAUUGUUACAUCAGCAAGUGUCACGUGUGCAAACCUAACAUAUUCACGUAGGUAAUUCGUGCUAUUUGUGUUCAAUUCCAUUUAUAAGAAGGCAUUUUUCUUGAGCGUUGCGCUUGCAUCACAUAUAAAAAAAAAACAAAAAAACAUUUACCUUUAAGUUCCAAAUAUUUUACACUGUAAGAGGUUUCUAAAGUUUACAUAGUAUGUCUAGGUUUAUCAUAUGUUUUGUUUUACAAUAAAAUGUGAAAUUUGC